AUGACCCGUACCGCCGAGCUCGAGAGCAAGAUUGACGGUCCUAUAUCCCAGUUGCAGUUGCGCAAUGUCAUAGAAAGCGAUGCAACACCGAGGCAAAAUCCGAUGCUGCCGGAGUCCGCAGGGGCGUCAUCAUAUCCGCCCUCGGAUGCUGGGGAAGAUGAAAUUCCAGACAAAGAUGAAUCGGAAAUGAAAAAUGAAGACAACGGUGAGAUUCAGGAACACACGCGCAAGAGUAACUCGCCAGAACUGCGAGUUUCUGAGGUCGAAGCCGAGACGUUUCUCACGACGUUCCGGGCGUGCAUGCUACCCCACUUCCCCUUUGUGGACCUUCCGGCCCCUAUGACAGCACUUACCACUAUGAUUGACGACCCAGGCUGGGAUCGUGCUGCCGUGGGGGCCAUCAUUGACGUGCCUAUGCUCCUUGGCCGCAUUGACGAUAAAUUGGAGCUGGUAUCUCGGACGGUCGCGGAAGAAGACAGCGAUGGGAUAUUCACCGAGCUGGCGCAGAUGAUGCGUGAGUUCUACUCCGACUUAGCCGGCAGCACGGCGCACGAAAUCGGGGAAGUGGGGCCGGAGUUGCCUGGUGCGCCGGCUAAUGACAUUGGAACAUACUGUGACUAG